AUGUCAACAUCAUAUUCUAUAACUUCCUCUAAAUCAUACAUGAUAGCCAUGCAGACAAUGAUGGAUGCAGUAGACAAAUAUAAUAUGAAUAAAAUUGGUGUUGAUUCUCCAAUUAUUGAUAAUGAAGUUAAUAGUGAUAAGGAUCUGGAAUAUGAUAAGGUUCAAUUAACUGUUUUAGCACAAGAUAGAAACGAAUGGGAUGAUAUAUAUGAUCAGUUUAAGGAUAUAUCUUUCGAAAGGUUGGAUAAAGCCAUGAACCGAUUGAAGAAAGAUCAGUCCAAGAAUAUUUAUAAAAAAAUAUCACAAUUGAUCAAUACUGCUAAUAGUUAUUUGGAAAGGGAUGAGCUUUUACAUUCAGUUCUUACUAUUGUUUAUAAUUAUUCUUUGAUAGAUCUUCAAAAAGAGCUUUUAGAUUUUUUAGGUGAAGAAAACAUUGAAUUAAUAUCUUUUUUAGUGGAGCAUCGAGAUCAACUAGUGGCAGCUCCAUUGGAUCAUACAAUGCUAAUGAUUAAUGAUUCAUCAAACCGUUUGAUGACUGAUGAUGAAAUUAAACAGCAAGUCCAUGAGAACGCAAGGAAAGCUAAAAACAUCAAGUUAGCCAAGGCUAAUAAGAUUAUAAAGUACCCGCAUGUGUUUAGAAAAUAUGAAUCCAAUACUACUUCAACAUUAUCGUUUUCAGGUCAAAAAUUUACUCUUCCCAUUGGAACUACACGAACCUCAUUACAAACACAUGAAGAAAUUACUAUUCCAGCAGCUGAUCCUGAAAAGAGCAAGAGCUUUUUGUAUACAAAACUAAAGAAAAUAUCAGAAUUGGAUAGGUUUUGUCAGUCUGUAUUUAAAUAUAAAACACUAAAUCAAAUCCAAACUUUAGUUUAUCCCGUUGCUUAUACUACAAAUGAAAAUAUGUUAAUUUGUGCACCAACAGGUGCUGGUAAAACUGAUAUUGCUCUCUUAACUAUUUUGAACACAAUCAAGCAAUAUUCUAUGAUUAAUGAAGAGGAUGAGGUUGAUAUUCAGUAUGAUAGCUUUAAAAUUAUUUAUGUAGCACCAUUAAAGGCUUUAGCAUCAGAAAUUGUAGAUAAAUUUAGUAAGAAGCUAAGUAUUUUUGAUAUUAAAGUUAGAGAACUUACAGGGGAUAUGCAGCUAACAAAGGGUGAGAUCUUAGAGACCCAAGUUAUUGUUACUACUCCAGAAAAAUGGGAUGUUGUGACUCGUAAGGCUAACGGUGACAAUGAUCUUGUUUCUAAGGUUAAGCUACUGAUUAUUGAUGAAGUUCAUUUAUUACAUGAAGAUAGGGGUUCUGUUAUUGAGACUCUAGUGGCUCGUACAUUAAGACAAGUAGAGAGUUCUCAAUCUAUGAUCCGUAUUGUGGGGUUGUCUGCUACUUUACCGAAUUUCAUGGAUGUUGCUGAUUUCUUAGGAGUUAAUAGACAGGUAGGUAUGUUUUAUUUUGAUCAAUGUUUUCGACCAAAACCACUGGAACAACAGUUACUAGGUUGUAGGGGGAAAGCCGGUAGUAAACAAAGUAAAAAAAAUAUUGAUACUAUAGCCUAUGAAAAGUUAGUAUCAAUGGUGCAGAAAGGGUACCAGGUAAUGGUUUUUGUACAUGCUAGAAAAGAAACUAUCAAAAGUUCGAGGACUUUUGUACGAAUGGCACAGGAAAACCAUGAGGUGGAUAUAUUUGCACCAGAGUCUUCACAGAGAGAAAAGUACGCAAAGCAGUUAGCUAAAAAUAGAGAUAAAGAUUUAAAAGAAUUGUUCCAAUUCGGGUUCGGGAUUCACCACGCAGGUAUGUCUAGAUCUGAUAGAAAUUUGACUGAAAAACUUUUUAAGGAUGGUGCUAUCAAAGUUUUAUGCUGUACUGCAACAUUGGCAUGGGGUGUAAAUUUACCUGCUGAUUGUGUAAUUAUUAAAGGAACUCAAGUGUAUGAUUCAAAGAAGGGUGGUUUUGUUGAUCUUGGAAUAUCUGAUGUUAUUCAAAUUUUUGGGAGAGCAGGUAGACCAGGCUUUGGUUCUGCGAAUGGUACGGGUAUAUUAUGCACAACAAGUGAUAGAUUAGAUCAUUACGUGUCCUUAAUCACACAGCAGCAUCCAAUUGAAUCAAGACUGGGUGCUAAAUUAGUUGAUAACUUGAAUGCAGAAAUAUCACUUGGCACAGUCACUAAUGUGGAGGAAGCAGUUGAAUGGCUUGGUUAUACAUAUAUGUUUGUGCGUAUGAAAAAGAAUCCAUUUACUUACGGUAUUGACUGGGAAGAAAUUGCCAAUGACCCUCAAUUAUAUGAAAGGCGUAGACAAAUGAUCAUAUCAGCAGCUAGAAGAUUACAUUCACUUCAGAUGAUUGUUUUUGAUGAGACAUCAAUGCACUUCAUUGCCAAAGAUUUGGGUAGAAUAUCAUCAGAUUUUUAUUUAUUAAAUGAGUCGGUUGAAAUUUUUAACCAAAUGUGUAAUCCGAGAGCAACUAAUGCAGAUAUCUUGUCAAUAAUUAGUAUGAGCAGUGAGUUUGACGGUAUUAAGUUCAGAGAGGAGGAAUCAAAUGAGUUAAAAAAGCUGUUAGACAAUGUAGUCCAAUGUCAAGUUGCAGGAGACGUUGAUACACCACAAGGUAAAACUAAUAUUCUUUUGCAAGCAUAUAUUGCGCAAAGUAAGAUUUUAGAUUCAGCUUUAUCAUCAGAUGCUAAUUAUAUUGCACAAAAUGCUAUUAGAAUAUGUCGUGCUUUGUUUUUAGUAGGUGUUAAUAGAAGAUGGGGUAAUUUUGCCAAAAUCAUGCUAGACACAUGUAAGUCUAUUGAAAAAAGGUUAUGGGCAUUUGAUCAUCCAAUGUGUCAAUUUGAUUUACCAUCCGAUAUUUUACGUCAGAUUAGGGUUAAGAAUCCAACCAUGGAACACUUAUUAGACCUAGAACCAGAUGAAUUAGGUGAUUUAGUUCACAAUAAAAGAAUUGGCAAAGAAUUAUAUGCUCUCCUAAGUAGAUUUCCAAAAGUUAAUAUUAAAUCUGAAAUAUUUCCUAUUACUGUUAACGUUAUGAGAAUACAUGUUAGUUUGUAUCCAGAUUUUUUGUGGGAUAAACGUAUUCAUGGAGAUGCACAAUUUUUCUGGGUGUUCGUGGAAGAAUCAGACAAAUCUGAAAUAUUGCAUGUUGAAAAAUUUAUAUUGAAUAGAAGACAACUGAAGAAUCCUCAUGAGAUGGACUUUAUGAUUCCUUUGUCAGAUCCAUUGCCACCUCAAGUUGUAGUUAAAGUGGUUUCAGAUACUUGGAUAGGAUGUGAAUCAACCAAUGCUAUAUCCUUCCAACAUUUAAUCAGACCUCACAAUGAAACACUUCAAACUAAAUUAUUGCGGUUAAGACCAUUGCCAGUAACCGCUCUUCAUAAUCCUUUAAUCGAAUCAAUUUAUCAAUUCAAAUAUUUUAAUCCUAUGCAGACUAUGAUCUUUCAUACAUUGUAUAAUACCAAUGAAAAUGUAUUUGUUGGUUCGCCAACAGGGUCAGGGAAGACCGUUGUUGCUGAACUAGCCAUGUGGCAUGCUUUCCGUGAUUUUCCAGGGUCAAAAAUUGUUUAUAUUGCACCAAUGAAGGCUUUGGUCAGAGAAAGAGUUGACGAUUGGAAAAGAAAAGUUACUCCGGUUACCGGUGACAGAGUUGUGGAAUUAACGGGUGAUUCAUUGCCUGACCCUCAAGAGAUUCGUGACGCAACUAUUGUUAUCACAACACCAGAAAAAUUUGAUGGUAUAUCACGGAAUUGGCAAACACGUAAGUUUGUUCAAGAUGUGUCAUUACUUAUUAUGGAUGAAAUUCAUUUGUUAGCAAGUGACCGUGGUCCAAUUUUGGAAAUGAUUGUUAGCCGUAUGAAUUAUAUUGCAUCCCAAACUAAACAGCCAGUUCGUUUGCUUGGUAUGUCGACAGCUGUCUCUAAUGCUUAUGAUAUGGCUAGUUGGCUAGGUAUUAAAAAGAAUGGAUUGUAUAACUUCCCAUCAAGUGUUCGUCCCGUCCCAUUAAAAAUGUACAUUGACGGUUUCCAGGAUAAUUUAGCAUUUUGUCCACUAAUGAAGACUAUGAAUAAGCCUGCAUUUAUGGCAAUCAAACAGCAUUCUCCAGAUAAACCAGCCCUUAUUUUUGUGGCAUCACGUAGACAAACUAGAUUAACUGCGUUAGAUUUAAUACAUUUAUGUGGUAUGGAAGAUAAUCCAAGAAGAUUUUUGAAUAUUGAUGAUGAAAAUGAAUUACAAUACUAUUUGUCUCAAGUUACUGAUGACACCUUGAAACUGUCGUUACAAUUUGGUAUCGGUUUGCAUCACGCUGGUUUGGUCGAAAAGGAUAGAACAAUAUCUCAUGAAUUAUUCCAAAAAAAUAAAAUUCAGAUUUUGGUGGCUACUUCUACGUUAGCAUGGGGUGUUAACUUACCUGCUCACUUAGUAAUCAUUAAAGGUACGCAGUUUUUUGAUGCCAAAAUUGAAGGUUACAGAGAUAUGGAUUUAACAGAUAUCCUUCAAAUGAUGGGAAGAGCAGGUAGACCAGCUUUUGACACUUCUGGUACUGCUAUUGUUUAUACUAAAAAUUCUAAGAAAAUGUUUUAUAAACAUUUUCUAAACAUUGGGUUCCCAGUGGAAUCUUCUUUACAUAAGGUAUUGGAUGACCAUUUAGGAGCAGAAAUUACUUCAGGUACAAUAAAGUCUAAGCAAGAUGCACUAGAUUUCUUGAAUUGGACUUUUUUAUUUAGAAGAGCACACCAUAAUCCAACCUAUUAUGGUAUUGAAGGUGAUCAAUCUUCUGUUGCAAUCAGUAAAUAUUUGAGUGGUUUGAUUGAUAAAACUAUUGAAAACUUGAAGGAGUCACAGUGUGUAGAAAUUUAUGGUAAGGAAUUAGAACCUACGCCAUUUUUGAGUAUAUCUUCCUAUUAUUAUAUCAGUCAUUUAACCAUUAGACAAUUAUUGAAACAAAUUAACAAUGAAGCCACCUUUCAGGAUGUGUUAAAGUGGUUAUCAUUGGCAGUUGAAUAUAAUGAAUUACCUGUUAGAGGUGGUGAGGUGAUUAUGAAUGUUGAAAUGUCCGCUCAAUCUAGAUAUUCUGUUGAGAGUACUUUUACUGGAGAAUAUGAAUUACCUAUGUGGGAUCCUCAUGUUAAAACGUUUUUAUUAUUACAAGCACAUUUAAGUCGUGUAGACUUACCAAUUGCCGAUUAUAUUCAAGAUACAGUUUCAGUUCUUGAUCAAUCAUUGCGUAUUUUGCAAGCUUACAUUGAUGUUGCAAGUGAGUUGGGUUACUUCAAUACAGUCCGUACGAUGAUCAAAAUGAUGCAAUGUAUAAAGCAGGGGUACUGGUAUGAAGAUGAUCCACUUGGCAUUUUACCAGGCGUUAACCUGGUUAGAAUUGAAGAUUCUAAAUUUGCUGAAAACGGUUUAUUAUUGAAUGAAAUAGACAGAAACAAUAGACUAACUUUAGAUAAACUGGGUCGUUAUGGUGCUAAGAAACUUCAAUCAGUUAUGAAUAAGUUACAUGUAGAAGAUGAUGAGGAUUUACGUAAACAAUUUAUUCAUGUAUGUCAACGACUUCCUGUUUUAGACAACCUAAACUUUGUGAGAGAUCCUGAUAUGCCAGAAAGAUUGAUUUUACAGGGUAAACAUGCAUUUAAUAAAAUUAACAGAGGUUAUGAAGUGUUCUGUGAUAAAAUUCCCUAA